AUGAAGAACACCAACAACGACAACCCCAAUAACAAUGACCACAUCCACUCCCUCCUCAAAUUCCAGUGGCUCGCCUCCCUCCUGAGAAAGCUCUCGACCCUCACCCUCCGCGACUACUUUAUCAACCUAAGCGUCCUCAUCUGCAUUAUUGGCCUCUUCGCCCUGGCAUACCGAAUCGGCAGCAACACGAUGCGCUGCCAGCGAUGCCGAGUAGACCGGGCCGCUCAGCGCGAGGAGAGGAAAGCUCGGCGGGCGUAUAAGGCCGCUGCGAGGAGACACCGAUGGAGGCAGUGGUGGGAGGGGAAGACUUCGUAUUCUGCUUACUAUUGUCAGGAUCAGGAGGUUGUUGGUGUUGAUGAUGGGGCGGUUGUAAUGGCGUCUAUUGGUGUGCCAGAGAGGGAUGUGGAGAUGGGGAGGCUGUCUGAUGAUGAGGAGGAGGGUGGUGCAGAGUUGAGGGUGUUUGGUGGAUCGGGUGGGAUUGCGAAUGCUACUGCUUCUGCUACUAUGCAUGCAGAGAUUCAGGGCUUCAGACAGGCGUUGGAGUAUGUGGGGGAGUUGGUGAGGGAGAGUGCCCCGUCGCGGGCUAAGGUGGUAGUGGAUCAGGAAGUAGGUGGUUAUAAUGUGGAUGUGGAUGUAAAGGGUGGAAGUGGGGAGGGAUCGGAUACGGAGGCGUCGUCGACGGUCGGGUUGGCGACGGUUACCUUGUCGACGGAGACGAGUAGCUUGAAGAGUGUGGAUUUAUGGGGUCGCCGCCGCCCAGCUAUCAUUCGUGAGGGACAAUGGCUUCAAGUGUAA